AUGUUUGAGGAGUUUGCCAAGCUCAUGGCCAAGGUGAACGCGAAGGACGAGAAUACCCACGUGGUGUUGCUGGGCGACUUCACCUCUAAGGGCCCGCAGUCCCGGGCGGUGGUGGACUACAUGCGGGAGCACCAGGAUUCGACACACUGUAUCCUCGGAAACCACGAGGUCAACGUGAUGUUUGCGUACCUGAACCAUGUGGGGCUUGAGCAGCGCCUGUCGAGCGGGCACGCGCGCUGGAGGCCGCUCGAGUUCAGCUCGGAGAGCUAUAUCCCUCCGCGCGGUCAGGUCAACCGGAUGCACAGGGACGUGGCGCGCGAGCUGGGCGAGGAGAGAUUGGACUGGGUCGCGAAGCACUGUCCGGCCGAGCUCGCCAUCGAGUUCGGUCCGCAAACGCUGGUCGCGGUGCACGCGGGGCUCGACCCAGACCUCUCGCGCGAGGACGUGCCCAAAGUGAAGGAUAUCACCACCAUGAAGUACAUGCUUCCCGAGGACCACUCCAAGACCUCGAAGUUCAAGUUCAAGCACUCGCGGCGCUGGUACAAGUUCUGGGACGGGCAGCACGCGCCCCGGAACACCACCGUUUUCUACGGCCACGAUUCCAGCAACGGCCUGACCCUGCGGAAGCGCACCAAGGGUCUCGACUCCGCCUGCGUUAGCGGCGGCCAGCUGAGCGCUCUUGAGGUCGUUUAUCGUGACGGUGAAUACCAAGAAUUUCUCCAUCAGGUUGAGUGCCGGGAAAUGCGCUAA